AUGCAAUUGAUGGAACUCAUUGAAGCACCUACCCAAGGAGAGUCUACUAAGUCAAAUGGGGCUUUCUCCAGUACGGCAAUCGUGCCUAAACCUAAUGCGACCAGUGAACUCGCAUUCUGUCGACCGCGGCAGGAGGUCCUAGACAACUUUGAACGCUUUCUUGCGCUGGAUACUGUGCCUUCAAAUGCGUCUAAUGGAACAGAUGCACAUCACAACGCCCAUGCCAAUGGGAUCAGAGGAUACCGGAAAGUCUUCGCCACAGAGUAUGACCCGGAAGAGGAUAUUAUGUUGAACAGUGAGCUGAGUUUGGAUCUGGGACCCAUUGAAAACCAUAAUGGAGCUCCGUCAACGGAAGCCUUUGUUUGGCCCGGCCAAGUUCACUCCGUACGUACAGAACCACAUGGUUACGAGAACCACAAUAUCACCUCGACUGAAGUAAUGGAUUGUACAGUGGAUGAAGAUGGCUCAAAACCAGACUUUAUAAAACGCAAUGUGGAGGUGAGCAUUCAGUGGAGCUAG